AUGGAUGCCAACCAUGGUAACAAUAUUGCUGGCUGGGACACAGGCGCCUUUGCGACUGGGACGUGGGACCCUCGUUUCACCCAUUCUCAGCUUGCUUUCGAUCAAACCAGCAGUGAUGCCAACGAAUUGGCGAGUCCGGAGUAUCUUGCAAAUGCCCCAAUCAACACCCAACUCCCAGCACAAGAUGCUCAGAAUGGUGUGUACCGCCAGUUCGAUUAUUAUGGCCAACCUCAAGUAUGGCCAAAUAAUAGCAGUCAAGCAACACCAACAGCAGCAGCAGCAGCAACAACGCCUGCGACAACAUCGUACGGCCAAGAUGUUUCAAUCAAUGCGGCAUACUUCCCUGGCCAGCAUCACCAAGCUGAUGGGAGCACGGCGGUUAACAAUCGCUUCGACUUAAACAUUCAGCAGCAGGUUACUGAGUUCUCUGCAUCUCAGAUUGAUGCUAGUGCCGGACAGCAACCAAAUGCCCACCAUGCUUUUGGCAAUGCUGUUUCUGCUUCCCAGGUCUCGAUCCCAGAAAAUUACCCUUCUCAAGAUUCUAUCCCACAAUGGCAGGGGCAAAUGCCCACUGGGUAUGGCCCUAGCCAUCAGCGAUAUGCGGAUUCUAUCCCUCCCGCUGCCCAACCCUCCGUGAUGUCUACCAUUUCGAACGGACAGCCUGCCUCAUUUUAUUCAGGUCAAGGUCCAUACCAGCCAGAUGUACCCCAGCAUACGCAAGAGGAUCUGCGUCAGACUCAGCCGCCAUUCCAUUCGGUUCUUAAUGGUGCUCCAAAGCAAGCCUGUGUCGGUGUCGUACAGCAGCAGCCCACUUCUGCCAGGAAUGUUGCAUCUUCAACCGUAAAUCUGCCACCAAAACAGGCCCAUAUUCUUAAGGCCCCUCAGCAGCUGGUGCAACAUGUAUCUCAGCAGAUCCCUCAGCAGGCAUCUGAACAGAUGCCCCAGCAGCUUCCACAUCACGUUCCCCAGCAAGUCACAAACAAAGGUGCUCAGCAAGUUUCGCAACACAUUCCUCAGCAUGUUCCUCAACAGACCGCGCAGCAGCCUGAGCACUCGACCCAUCACUCUGCAGGCCAACACGAUGCAACUCAGGGAAUUGUGCUGCAGCAGCAAGCUAGGCAGGCGCACCCAACUCAGCAGGUUCACCUCUCUCCCGAAACAAAUGCAGUUGCUGGGGUAAAGCGCUCCCUUAGUUCAGAGCCACAGACGAUCCCGGCUGCCGUGAAAAAGGCGAAGGUUGUUGCUGUGGGGGCGGGAACUUCUCCCACGUUAAUGAGCCAGUCACAAGGAGAGACACAAGCAGAGCCUCAAGUGCUGCUAUCGUCUCAGUCCCAACCACAGACCGAGCAGACAACUGUCAAGGUCUUUACAGUAAACUUUACAGAUGAAAACCUGCUUGGUGAUGCACAACGUCAGCCCGAGCGCGUAUGGGCAGGAGUACCGAACCUUGUUAUUGGUUCAUCUCCAGUGAAGCUGCAGAUGGCUCCUCCAGCAAAGCGUUAUGUGGUACUCACCUCAAGGGGGUGCGAUGUGCCACUAUUCCCUGACCUUUGGAAGGGAUGGACGCCAGCUGAGAGCCUUGGAAAUCAUGCAGAGGCAUACAAGGCCUCAAACAAAGAGCACGACCGUCAACGGGCUGAUAUCCGUUUGGAAAUUGAGACGAAACGUCAGAAAACAAAGAUCCCAGGCGACUGGUGGCAGAAAUUAUCGUCCUCUCGACCUUCUCUCCCAGAGGAGCCAGAAUACAGUGCGCUUAUGGCAGCUGAGUGUGCACGGGUUCACCCAGCACACAUCAAAAAUGCAACAAUCAUCAAUGAGGUGAUCACUGACCUCAAUGGGCUUCUUGUUCAAAAGGUCACUGCCCUCAAUGAGCCAAGGAAGACUUUGGCAGAACGUCAGAGGUUGAAAAAGAAGCAACAGCGACCUCAGCAGCAGGGUGGCCCCAAUGAUGAGGAGCUACAGCGAACAAUCCAGGAGGCUGAACAGUGUCUGGAACGGACAAUUGUAGAAAUCCUUCAAGUCGCCCCGGAAACUGUAAUCCGCCAGCUCACCACUCAGCGAGGUACUGGAAGUCGACUUGCUGUGCAGUUACGCAACUGCGUAAUGCAUCUGAUCAAUGACGGGCAGAGCAAGUUGAACUGGCCCUUGCUCAAGCAAUGCCUGCUUCUGUUCUCUCGAAUGGACGUGGCGCAAUCGUGGUUUGAGAAAUUGUCUUGGGGACCUCUAAUGGAUAAGGUUGCUGGAUGGGAAGAGGGUGAAAUGAAGACAGAAGCCCUGGCAUUAAUGGCGCAAGUGCAGGAGAUAGGACAAAAAUACAAGGCUCCUGAAGAGCCUGAAGCUGCAGCGGCGGCCAGUCCCUCAAUUUCCAAGCCCACUUCCACUGGCACCAGCAAAAAGCCAUCCGUCCUUGUAACAAAUAUAACACAACAAAAGUCGAUGGCUUCUGGUGCCGAGACGAAUGGCAACAACAACUACACCAAAAUGAUUGAGAAAUCUGCCGAAAAGGUGGCCUCAUCUUCCGCUGGCGUCAAGCGCACCCGUGAAGAUGAUGCUCCUGCAAGUGAGAUUCGGUCAUCCAAGAAGCCAACCACAACCACUCCGUCUAUUAUUACCACCAGCGUGACUUCAGGUGGUCAGAAGGCCUCUGCAAAUGCUUCAGUCAAGUCGGCUAGCACCAAGCCUACAGCUACCAGCGCUUCAGGAUCGACAACAGCCCCAGCGAAACCGCGGUCCACACUUUUGCUCCCGGGCAAGACCCGUCCUGCCGCCAAACCUGUCAACAGGGCCGAGACUACAAAAACAGACAACCUGCAAAAGACUCCAGGAAAGCUGGAAUCAGGGGUACAAACUCAAUCAUCGAAAACUGAGUUGCCUAAACAGUCGCAGCCCUCAAGAAGCCAGACAACUCAAUCGAAGACUACCGCGGCGACAAUCACAUCGACGUCGGCCUUAACGACCGCAAAACCAAAACCGACAGAAUCGACCAAGCAGACUUCGUCUGGCCCAUCGCGGAUUGCAUCUUUGAUGGCUGAGAUCGAUGAGCCGAAGAAGGUCAACGCUCCAGAUGUUACGAAGACCCCGAUUCUUCUGGAUCCGAACGAAACACCAGAGCAGCGUGAACGUCGCCUCAGGAAGGAGAAACGCAGGGCUCUUGGUCUCCGCGUGGCCUUCAAGAGCGGUGACAGCCUGGUCGAAGUGCGGGAAUUUGUACCUUUCCCGGAGGAGGUCAGCAGCACAGCUCGCAGUGUCAAGGCGGGCGGGCGUGACAAGAAUUUCGAAGAGAGCCAAAUGAUGCGGCGCUUGAGUGCAGCAAAAGGAAUUACAACAAUCGACAUUGAUGAUCGCGAGUGGCCUGAUCUGGUGCCCCUCAACUUUGCUGCCGAAAUUUCUCAGGAGCAGCGAGAAAAGACGCUCGAGACUCGCGGAGGUCUUAAGACAUUUGAGACUGAGCAGCAGCGUGUCAUGAGGGAGCGUGAGUCAACAGAGCUGAUGGCAAUCUACCACAGUCGUGCCGAUAUUCCGCCAAACCCACGCUCGCCGCCUUACGAUGGACCUGCUUACCCGGGUGGUGUGGAGGUGCGCCUGUCGCCUGCGAACGCACACUACGACGAAAUGAUGCAGCGCGCAUAUGAACGCAAGCAUUGGGGCCCAUAUCAUGCCGCUCGUGCCGCCUUGGGUCGUCUUGCCAACGCUCGGUCUCAGCAGUCGGCUCGGACUCCCGAGCAAUGGUACGAUUCCGAUGCCGCUGUACGCCGCGACCAGCAGACACUUGAACUUCUUGCUUCAGACCGUGCUCGUAAUUGGCAAGAACGGGAGCCUCAUAAUUCGACUCGUUACCGACUUACAGAGGAGGAGAUUGAGAGGGAUCCUGCUCUCCGACAGGCAUUCAACGCAGUCAAGGCUGUUGUGGAGAAAUUCCGAUCCGAACAAGCUGCCCAAGAGACACAGCAGCAACAGCAUGGUAUAUCACAGUCUAGCUCUACCGCAUCCCAAACGGCUACUACAGCGGCUCCUGAUUACUCGACCACUUGGGCUCAGUACUAUGCUGCUCAGCAACAACAGCAAGCUUGGUAUGCCCAGCAACAAGGGCUCUAUGCACAAGCGGCUCAGGCCUAUGCACAACAGGCUGCGCAGGCCCAACAAGUAGGCCAUUUGCAACAGCAACAACAGUCUGCCGACGUCAACCAGCAAAUUGUCACUAUGCUUGCUGCUCUCGGAAAUCAGAAUGUUGCCCUUGAUCAAAACCAACUUCAGGCCAUUGUGGCUGCGCUCUCAAACACCCAGGGCCAAGCUGCGCAGCCCGACCCGCAAACCGCUCAGUACAUCCUCAAUGCGCUUACUUGGGCCCAGCAACAGCAACAACAACAACAACAACAACAGCAGCAGCAGCAGCAGCAGCAGCAGCAGCAGCAGCAAAACCAGAAUCAAAACCCCAUCGCUCCCCAAGCUUUUCAAUAUCAGCAACAGCAAGGUCGCCAGGUGCAAAACUAUCCUGGCCCUCCUUACGGCGGCCCUUAUGGUGGACACACUGACUUGUACAAUCAGGCCUAUGGGGCUUCCAGCGGCAGCGGUCACAGCCAGGAGCGUGAUCGUGAUUGUGACGGAGGCUAUGGCCGUGAUUGGGCUGAUCGUGACCGCGAUCGUGAGGAGCGCAAUAACUACAGCGGCCACAUACGGGGAAGUGAUCGUGACAGGGAUCGCGGCAAGAAUGGCAACGGCAAUGUUCCUCGAAGCCUGAUCGGAACCAAGCAGUGCACAUUUUGGGUCAAAGGUCAGUGUGCCAAAGGCGACAAGUGCACCUUCCGUCAUGACUAA